AUGAAUUCCAUCUAAUGCCCUUUUGAUCUUUAAUUCUCUCCUUCAAACAUGUCUUCUUUCAACUCCAUUUCACUAUCGUCCGACGUUACAAAUUCUCCCACCAACAUCACCCAUAUUAUGUUUGUGUUAGUGGGUUCAACAAGAUUAUGGAAAUUCAGAAGACCUUACAUUGAAUCAUGGUGGAGAGAAAAUAUAACUAGAGGAAACAUUUGGUUGGAUUUUGCUCCUCCACAAGACUUUCUCCCAUGGCCUUCUUCUUCUCCCCGUUUUCAGGUCAACGAAGACAUAACCAAGUUGAGGGUAUACCCUAAACUAGUAAGCCCUAACGACGUUAGGAUAUAUCGCUCUAUUCUAGAGACAUUUAUAAUAAGAGAUGAUAAAGAUGUGAGAUGGUAUGUGAUGGGGGACGAUGACACAGUUUUUUUUGUGGAUAAUUUGGUGGAGGUGCUUGGGAAAUAUGAUCAUAGUAAGUAUUAUUAUAUUGGAGCAAAUUCGGAGAGUAUUAAUUCUAAUUUUGAUUUCUCUUUUGAGAUGGGAUUUGGAGGAGGUGGAUAUGCUUUGAGUUAUAGUCUAGUGGAAGCACUGGCAACAAGAAUUGAUGAAUGCAUUGAGAGAUAUCCAUACUUUCGAACAAGUGACAUUUUGUCAGCUUCAUGUUCAGCUGAUCUAGGAGUUGAUUUAACUAUCGAAAAGGGGAUUCACCAGAUCGAUUUGCGAGGCGACAUUUCAGGGCUCUUAUCGUCUCAUCCCAGGUUUCCUCUCCUCUCUCUCCAUCAUUUCGACGUAGUGGAUCCAAUCUUCCCCGCCAAGGACCGCCACGAGUCCAUCAACCAUCUCAUGAAAGCUGCAAAUGUCGAUCAAUCUCGUCUCCUACAACAAACGAUAUGCUACCACAGGGAAACCAACUGGUCGUUCUCCGUCUCCUGGGGCUACUCUGCUCAUAUAUACGAAAGCUUAUUCCCCAGAAGCUUUCUGAAAAGACCUCUGGAGACAUUUCGGCCAUGGAAAAAUGUCCGGCCUCCGUUGUACAUGUUCAACACUAGAUGGCCUCCGUACAGUGAUCCCUGUGAAGCUCCCCAUCAAUUUUUCCUAGAGAGUGUUGGGAGUGCGGAUGAUGGAGAAGUUGUUACUAAUUAUAUUCGAAGCUCGUCACGUAAUCUGCCGCCUUGUUCAGUGAAUGGCAACCACUCUGCCGAUCACAUCUCCAGAAUUCAAGUGUUUACGCCCGCAACUAUACGAAAAGAGGCAGGGAGAAUUGAAUGCUGCGAUGUCGAAUAUGUGAGUGGCAAUGACUCUGCAAAUGUCAAGUUAAGGCCUUGCAUGAAAGGUGAAAUUGUGGCUUGA